CGCCCGGACUUUUCACUUGACGGACUGCAUGUUCUUCUCAUGCCCGUCAAAUCGUCCUUUAGCUACUUAGUCCAUGGAAGUUAAACAUACACGUUUUACAUUCAUAUAGAUGUCAAAGUAUUUAUCAAUAUUGCAAAAUGACAUCUAGAGGCACUCCGAGUCGCUUCCUACAAAGUGUUCUGCAAAACGGGGUGGGUCGGUAUGUUUGUCAAAUGAAGCGCAUUUCCCUCAUCUUCUCCAAGAAUGGACAGAGCUCUCUGGGAGCCAGGGAAUUCAUCGAAGAAGGAGUGGUGGAUUUUGCCCAAAAGAACCCUGGAACCGUUGUCUACGUAUCUCCUCAGUCCUGCAGGAUCCCUAAAAUUGUUGCAGAAUACUUAAACGGCAAUGUGAAGGAGGAAGCCAUCACAAGCAAGACGUCUCAACAGAUCGCAGAGUUAAUAACCAAACUGACCAACCAGUCUGGCCUGGAUAUCAUCCGUAUCCGCAAGCCCAUCCACACAGACAGCCCCAGCAUCCAGGGCCAAUGGCAUCCCUUCACUAACCGACCCCUGUCCAUUGGACCAAUCGGACCACAGAAACAGCAGGCCAACUAAAGACUGUGAAACCUCAUAAUACUGGCAAUAUUUUUGCCUGUUAUCGUCACCCUCAUCAGUGGUAGAACGACUUUAAGUCAGGUGUCCAUUCUCCACAGAACUGUCCAGAGCAACUCCAUGGCAGACAAGCCAUUGUGUUUCUGAAACACCUGAAUCACCAGAUAUGUUAUAGCAAAUCUGCCCUUUUCGUUUGAAUGAAUUUUGCAGUAAUCAGAGGCUUGUCAACUGGUAUCAGUGGCGUGCAUACAGAACAGUUUGUGUCCAAACCAGUAUUUCAAACUGCUCACUGCAGCUGUGUUUUACGAAUAGAAUAAAGUGGUCAAUGUUUUAGA